UGAGGCGCGCCGGGUAUUAAACUACAAGACCCACGAUGCCUGGCGGCACGUUCCUGCUGAGAGACAAGAUGGCUGCCCACUGUCCGCCGAUGGCAUUUGUAUUUACAUUGGCCGCUUUAAGGUCUAUAUUCAAAAAGAAGGACGGCAUAAACACAGUCGAAUAAAUAAACACUUGCCUACUGUUCCUACAUCAGCACUCUUGCUCCGUUUUUACUCGACGCCGUCCGUUACUGACAGACGGACUUUUUUGUUUCCUUUUAGCUGAGCUGACGGGCCAGGUGAGCCGAACUUGUUAGUUUGGAUAUUUGGACGCUUUCACACACCCCGGUCUGUCGCUAUGUUUAUCCCCGUCAAGUCGUCUUACUUCCGCGUGAGUCCGGCAAUUGUCAACCGAGAACUGGGCAAGACCAAGAUGAGAUAGCGAGAGGCAGCGUGGCACGUUUUCGAAGCAACAUAAAAGCGAACGAAACGUCAUGUUUGGGAAUCUCUUUGAGGAGGGUGGCAACGAGGGUGAAGCAGGCGUCUCUGUCUUCUCGACAACUGGGGGGGCCAGAUUUGUCAAGGCGGGAGACGAGCCUCCGUCUCCCCGAGGAAGAAGCAAACUAUGCGGCAUUAGAAACCAGGGAGGGACGUGUUACCUCAACUCCCUGCUCCAGACCCUCCUGUUCACCCCCGAGUUCAGAGAGGAGCUCUUCGCAUUGGGAACUGAUGAAUUAGGAUGUCUUGAAGAUAAACACAAACCAGGGGCCAAAGUGCGCGUCAUCCCUCUGGAGCUCCAGAGACUCUUCGCCCGUCUUUUGCUGGUGGACCAACAAAGUGCCUCCACGGCCGACCUCACCGACAGCUUUGGCUGGAACAGCAAUGAGAGAACAAACCAGCACGACGUGCAGGAACUGAACCGGAUUCUGUUUAGCGCUCUGGAAAAAUCCCUUGUGGGCACCUCUGGCAGCACGCUCAUCCGCCGCUUGUACCACGGCACCAUCGUCAACAGCAUCGUCUGCAAGGAAUGCGGCAACGUUAGCCAGCGACAGGAGGACUUCCUGGAUCUGACGGCGUGCGUCUGCGGCGUGUCCGGCCUCGAGGAGGCUUUGUGUAGCAUGUUUGUGGAGGAGGAGUUGUUCGAAGGCAAUAAUCUGUACCGCUGUGCAACAUGUGACCGGCUGGUCACUGCUGCCAAGUCGGCCAAGUUGAAGAAACUCCCCCCGUUCAUGACCAUGUCCUUACUGAGGUUCAGCUUUGACUGUAAUAAGUUUGAACGCUACAAGGAGACGGGCCGUUACAGCUUCCCCCUCACCAUCAACCUGCGGCCAUUUUGUGAACAGACCGACGGAGAAGACGCCGACUACUCUUACGAGCUGUUCUCCGUGAUUAUCCACAAGGGCGGCUGCUACGGCGGCCAUUACCACGUUCACAUCAAGGAUAUCGAGUGCCUCGGUUGCUGGGAGCCGGCGGAGGAGGACAGCAACAAAAAAAAGACUCCUCCGAAGCCCAAGCGGGAAGUGAAGGACGUUUGCGAGACCAGACUGGAUGAAAAUGACCCUUUGUGUGUCCUCACUGCUAUUCUUGACCAGGAGCCAUCCAAGAGCAUCCGGUUGGACCAAUUGGGUCAGAAAGUCAUGGAGAAGGUCGGUUCCUCCUGGAGCAAAGCCUUUAAGAGAGACUAUGGUCCCAUUGGCAAGUUCCUGCAGUCACACAACGAUGUUUUCAUGUUGGCGAGCAACGGCACCCAAGUAGGACUGAAGGCCGAAACACUCAGCCCCGUGAGCGAGCCCCCUUGUCCUGCUCACCACCCUACCGCUGCAGACCUAGAAGGUGGCACUGUUGCAGAACUGGAGGGCCACCGCGAGGCUAGCCACUGGUUUGACUUGAAUGACUCCACCGUGACGUCUAUCCGGGCGUCGGACAUCGAGAAGCAAUUUCAGGGCAAAGAGAGCGCCUACAUGCUGUUCUACAGGAAGAGUCAGCUGCAACGGCCUGCCGACGCUCUCGGCAACCCUCACUAUAAAGUUCCCCAUGCACUCAUCCAGAUGGCUCAGGAGGAGAACAUGAAGCUGCAGCAGAUGCGGGAGGAAUACGAGGCCAGUCAUAACCACGUGGAGGUCCGUAUCCACCUGGCGUCUUCCUACCAGCUGAGAAACGGAGCACUGCAGCCAAUCGACAGCGAGCCCAAUGCCAGCACCGCGCUUGUUUUCGAUCGCAGAAAGACCGUCGGAGACCUGCGAUUAGCGAUUUAUGAGCAACAAGAACAGUGGGAGGGCGACCUGGUCUUGACCUUGGCCAAGAUGCUUCCGGCGGGACUCCACCUCUACAACACUCUCACAGAUGACAGUGUCUUGCUGUGCAGCGCAGGCAUCGAUACAAACCGUGACCUGUUUGUUUGGAACGGACGAGAGGUAUGUGGUGCAGGUGUCCUCACUGGAGUCGAGUGGGAGCCGGUGCUGCUCACCGUCGUCCGACCCUCCCUGGAGGCGCACGACAAGCCAGAAGCAGCGGCGAUCAACGAGACCGGCGACAACAUGGACGGCGGGGGUCUCAAAAAGGAGGCGAUGGCGUUCGCCGGCGGCGCCACCCUGGGUGAAGUACGGGAGGCCUUGGGCCAGCCCGCCGGCAGUCUACUGUGCCAGGAGCAGACCGGCGCCAAAGGAGGAGGAGAGUGCGGGGCAGGCGAGGGCGGAGGCGCCAGCGGGUGGCGGGUCUUUUCGCCCGAUGACAUGUUCCGGACCCUCAAGGAGCUGUCGCUUAAAGAUGGAGACGCCAUGCUGGUGCUAGAACCACAGUCUUUUGAUAACAGCAUGUUCACCGUAAAUGGAGACGUGGUCACCGUGAUGACGCCGUCCGAUUGUCGCUGGCUCCAAGUGGAGUUUCAACCGCAAGGUGCCCGCCUUGGAGGAGGCGGCGAAGAGGACAGCCGGAGAGUCAAGGUUCCCGCCGCAGGAGAUACGCUCCUGCGUGAGGUGAAACAGAGGGCCCUCAAGGAGCUGCAACUCCCAGGUGCAGAAUACUGCCUGAGACAGAUGGACAUCAGUGGGAAACUCCUUCCUCCAGUAAGCGAGGACCUCUGUGUGCGGGACGCCGGCGUGCGCCUCAUGACCACCGUGAUGCUUUGCCUGGGUCGUGCCCCCGAGCCUUCGCAGCUUUUUCUGCACUUCUCUGUGGGUUCGCCGCCACCUGCUGGAAUUGAGGAGAUGGACAUGAACAUCGAAAAGACCUGCACCGUAAAAGAGUGUCUGCAGACGGUGCUGAACACUGCCGGAAUUGAUGGCACCUGUUGGCACUUGAGGCGGCUCGACUGGUGCGAGGAGGUGGGCGAGGCACUGAACGACGAGGAUGCGUCUCUGGCAGAGAUGAAGAUAAACAACGGAGAGACACUCGUCAUCUCAGAGGGACGACUUCCUCCAAAAGGGUUUCUCGAGCUCUCCGUAUGGCUCUAUCGAGAUGCCGUUUCCAUAGCAACAGAUGUGAACCACACAGAAAACGGCCACGCCGAGGAGCAGUUGGCGGAGGAUCACGCCGUAGAUCAAACUAAUUCUCACCCGUCCGAUCUGAUCAAUGUCGGCACGGUGGAGAUAUCAGAGGAAGUCAGCCUGGCAGACCUCAAGACUCAGGUGUUGACGCUUCCAGCUUUUCAGAACGCGUGCGUGCCCGCCACUUUCCUGCGUGUGUGGGAGAUGGAAGGAUGCAGACUGGCUCGCGUCCUCAGAGGAAACCAAAUCACACUGAGGAAGCUAAAGAUAACCAGCGGCACAAAUGUUUGUGUGCAGCGGCUGUUAAAAGAGGAGGCUCUCAGCCCCAAGGAAAUAGUGCUGAAUAUUAAGAUGGGCGUCCCGGGACAGAGCUGCUACCACCCGGCCGAGGAGCUGAUCUGGAACGCAUCGUGCGACUCGUCGCCUGCCGGCCUGCGCGCCUUCGUGGCCGAGAGCUACGGCCUGCCUGCUGACUCUCUUCUUUUGGCCAAGCAGCAGCCACACAAACACACCUGGGAGGAAAUCGGCACUUGGAGCAGCCAGCUGUCCAAGAAGAAAAAGAAGACAAGUUCACUAUUAGGAGCACCAUUUCAUCUCAAAGAUGGCGAUGUGAUAGGUGUCAGGAAUCUUUUAAUUGACGACAAAGACUUCUACACUCGGGAGAAUGAACAAAGCCAGCAGGGGCUCAGAGAGCAGGCGGAGCAACAAAGCAUAAGAGAGCGGGCUGGAGGCUCAAACUGCGUUGGAUCACAAACAAAGGCGACCAAGAGGCCAGAGGUGCCACUGUCCAUCAAUGUCGGCGUCUUCAGUAGCCACUGCCACUAGCGUGCAGUGGAUGCGUCGGUCGUAGUCCACACACGCACAACGUAAGGUGCCAUGUUGCAUUCAGGACAAUCCUCUAAUCGGAACCGGAAAGGUCAGGGUUAAUUGAGCAGCCACUUAAGACUCAAUAAUACUGCUUAUUGUUUAAUCCAGGAUGAUGAUGAUGACGACAGAUGAUGUAAUGCUCUAAAAGGCAGAGAGGGGGGAGAAGAGGCCUUUACUGUAUAUACAUUGACGAGCAUCGGUGCCGUUUACCUACCUCACUCUUCUUUGCCUUGCUGUCUACCUCGGCUGCCCCCCCCCACUCUUUUUUUUUUUUAUUAUCUCAUCAAACCACCAACAAGCCCUGAAAUAUUAAACGUCCCAUGCAGUAAUUUUUAUGAAAUGGUUUUUCAAUAUCCUUUUCUCAUCUUUGUAAAAUAACUUUGAAAAUGAGCAGGGUGCCGUUACUUUAGCUAUUUUUAUUGGUCAGAAAUUGCAGUAUGGUCUUUUUUUCCUUAUUAAUAUGUAAAUGAACUUUUCUCUGAUUGGAUCUUUGUUCUAUUUAAUUUCUUAUGGAAAAUUCAGUGUGUCCUCGGUGCCCCACGGCAGGGUGAAGGCCAGAUCCCUCACUAAGGACAUUUUUCCACGUCCAUGGUGAUGCACAGCGAACUCGUGAUCACCAAAAAUGAUGGCGUUUAUUUCUUAACUUCUCAGAGAUUGGCAGCUGAUGCUGAUAGUUUUAGCUUUGCACCAGAAACUGGUGCAAUGGUUGCCGUUGGGGAUUUUUUUUUUCUGAGUUGCGCGAGUGUGAAGCAACACUAAAGUGGGCAUGCACUUGAAUAUUGAGUCACGAUCCUCUUGUCACAACUGCGCAGAAUUCAUUCGAAUCAACCCGCUUCUACAUGUAAAUGACAAACUGCAUAGGUGUCGAAUUUUAAACCGUGUCACUCGCAUUUUUACCAAAAUUACACACGGUGGAAACAUUUGAUUUUGGUAGCAUGGGACCUAUAAUAAUACAUGUGUUGGAUUUUCAAGUAUGGGGGGGGGGGAGCAAUUGUCAUUUCAUGAAUGGUUUCAAAGAGCUGAAAAAGCAUUUUGCAGGGGCACCAAUGUUUUUUUUGGUGGGGGGGCAACCAUUUUGUGGUGAUCUGCAAAAGUAAACAUUUAUAUAUUUAUCUUGGAAUAUUCUUGCAUGCGCUAUAUGAACUUGUAAUUAAUCUAACAUUUUUGGACAAGAAAGGUGUUAUUUUUUGUUUUUGUUUUGUUGCUGACUGUAAUAAUCUCACCAUGAGCAGUGCCAAGAAUUUGCACGUAAUUUGUUUUCUUAUGCCUGAUAGUAAAAUGAUCAGUACAUUUUAUUUUUGGAGUAUUUUACUCAGAUUUUACUGUAAAAAUGUGUUAUUCACAAUUCAAAUAAAAGGGUAUCACUUU